AUGGCCAUCAACGCCGGCGCUGACAUCAUCGAGUGCAGCUUCGCAGCAGUAGACCUUGACAAGGUCCUGGGGGUGCACGCCUUCAGCCUGGACAGGCUGCUGGUCAAGGACCCGGACUUCCUGGACGAGGGCGACGGCCACCACCACCACCACCAUGAUCACGACCACGACCAUGACCACGAUUGCAAGGGCGAGGGCUGCGACCACGACCACCACCAUCACCACGAGCACGAGCACGGCCACGACCAUGCAAAGGAGUGCAAGGAGGAGGGGUGCGAUCACCCAGACCACCACCAUCAUGAUGAGCACCAUGAAGAGGGCGGCGGCGGCGAGCAGCAGCAGCACGGGGAGGAGGCGGGGCACCACGGGCACCACCUGGACCACAAGCACGACUCGCGAGUCACCAGCGUCGGCAUCCAGGCGGAGGGCCACUGCAGCAUGCCGAAGCUCAACGCAUGGCUAUCUACGCUGCUGAAGGACCGCGGCGCGGACCUCUUCCGCUCCAAGGGGAUCCUCUCCAUCGCGGGCUCAGACGACAGGCACGUGUUCCAAGGGGUGCACAUGAUGCUGCAAUUCACAAGCAGUGCGGAGGGCGUCGGCCGCCCCUGGGCGCCCGACGAGAAGCGCGUGAACAAGGUCGUUUUCAUCGGCAAGAACCUGGACAGGAAGGAGCUCACGGACGGCUUCAACGCCUGCCUCGUGGCCGCCUC